GGGGUAGUUGGUAGCAGGGCCGGCUCGGCUGCAGACCGAUGGGAACUGGUGCCGGAAGCGUCGAGAACAGCGACCAGGCUGGGCCUACAGCUUUGGGCCAACACAGCUACAACACUACCAUAUUUCUGGCAUUCUGUAGCCAACUCUAGAUGUCAUUUGACUACCACUUGCGGUCUGUUCAGUUGUCAGUCUGAGAGACAGUGCUAUAUCCGAGUCAGUUUGGGUUUUCCAGGGUAAUUCUACUAGAACAUCGAUCUGAACAGUAAAACUUGGAUCCUUUGAGGACUGUCUGAAUACUUCUAGCUCUGAAGAACAAGCAACACUGAUUUAAAAUGAAUGCAAUGCUGGAAACCCCCGAGCUGCCAGCAGUGUUCGAUGGGGUGAAGCUGGCUGCAGUCGCCGCUGUUCUCUAUGUCAUCGUUCGCUGCCUGAAUCUAAAGAGCCCAACUGCCCCUCCUGAUCUCAUUUACCAGGACACUGCUCUGUCGCGCUUCCUGCUCAAAUCCUGCCCGCUUCUGACCAAAGAGUACAUUCCACCCAUGAUCUGGGGGAAGAGUGGACAUAUCCAGACGGCUCUCUAUGGGAAGAUGGGGAGAGUGAGAUCACCACAUCCUUAUGGACUUCGCAAGUACCUCACAAUGUCAGAUGGAGCGACAGCAACCUUUGACCUCUUUGAGCCCCUGGCUGAACACUGCAUUAGAGAGGAUGUCACAAUGGUCAUCUGCCCUGGAAUCGCUAAUCACAGCGAGAAGCAGUACAUCCGUACCUUUGUUGAUUAUGCCCAGAAAAAUGGUUAUAGGUGUGCUGUCUUGAAUCAUCUGGGAGCUCUGCCAAAUAUUGAGCUCACUUCUCCACGCAUGUUCACAUAUGGUUGCACCUGGGAAUUUGGAGCCAUGGUUAACUACAUCAAGAAGACCUUUCCUCAGACCCAGCUGGUUGUGGUGGGCUUCAGCCUGGGUGGAAACAUUGUGUGCAAGUACCUAGGAGAAACCCAGGCCAACCAAGAGAGAGUGCUGUGCUGCGUCAGUGUUUGCCAAGGGUACAGCGCGCUAAGGGCACAGGAAACCUUCAUGCAGUGGGAUCAGUGUCGGAGGUUUUAUAACUUCCUCAUGGCAGACAACAUGAAGAAAAUCAUCCUCUCUCACAGGCAAGUCCUGUUUGGAGAUAGCGUUAAGCAGCCCCAAACCCUGGUUGACUCAGACCUGAGCAGACUCUACACGGCAACAUCCCUCAUGCAGAUCGAUGACACCAUCAUGAGGAAGUUCCAUGGCUACAGUUCCCUGAAAGAAUAUUAUGAAAAGGAGAGUUGUCUGCAUUACUUACCAAGGAUCCAUGUUCCCCUCAUGCUGGUUAAUGCUGCUGAUGACCCUCUGGUACAUGACAGUCUGUUAUCGAUCCCAAGAGCUCUGUCAGAAAAACGGGAGAACGUCAUGUUUGUGCUACCACUACAUGGAGGUCACCUGGGCUUUUUUGAGGGGGCUGUACUCUUUCCUGAACCCCUCACUUGGAUGGAUAAGCUUGUGGUGCAGUACACCAAUGCCAUCUGCCAGUGGGAGAGGAAUAAGUCUCAGUGCUCAGAUACAGAGCAAGCAGCGUCUGGCCAGGAGUAACUGCCCCAAAGACUCUCUCCAAUUUGCUUCACUAUAUUUCCCUCUUCUGGAACUCUGAAUUCCCUCACCUGCUGUUUCAGGUUUCAUCCUCUUUGUGACAUCCUGGGACUGGGGGUUGGCCACAAUGUUUUCUUCUGAAAUGGAGCUACAACAGAGGGCAAUAACUGGUUUUGAGCAUAUUUGUGUCUCCUUAUGGGUUUGCAGUGCACUGCUGCAUUUGAAGAACUGGCUUGCUGCUUUGAGUUGCUGGUUAGGGCUUGCUGCAGGAUUCUCAUACUAAUGUGAUGGCCUACUUAGAAAGUAGAAGUCCCAGUGCUGCUGACCAUCCAGUUAUUCUUCCACUGGCCAAGACUCUUCACGGAGUUACAGAACUUGUUUAGCUGUGGAUGAGUUGUGCUGGGAGUUCAAUUCCCUUGUCUGGUCAUAUCUCUCCUAACACUGGGAGAACCCUGUAUCAAUCCAUAGAAACCAGCAGUUCAGUCUGUAAGCCACUGGGAUGUGGCUUGCAGAAAGAGUGAAACCUUGGAGUGACAAGUAGAGUUUCAGCCUUGCACCAUCUGACAAGGGCCUCUUGCGUUUUCUGGCAGUGCCCAUACCAGGAUUCAGCUGGGUUAGAAAACACUGAGCAACUUGUCAGAGCGUCAGCUGUCUCAAGGGUGGUGGUGCAUUCUGCUGCUCCCGCAUUUUUUUUCCGCUGGGCCUCUGUGUAUAGAUGAGUUUCACGUUGGUCAUUCUGUUGGAUUUCCUGCUAUGUAAACGCUCUCACAUCAAGACAAAACAGAUAGCCUUCUUGUGAUACUUGCCUUUUUUUAACGUAAAGAGUUUUAUUUUGUCACUGUAUUUUUGUGUUUUAACCCAGGCCUUUUUGAAACGGGUUCUGGUAAAUGCAUUGGAACCACUGAUUAUCAGUCUAUGGGGUAUAUCCAAUUUGUGUGAGAGUAUUUCACAGAGAAUGAAUACACCCUUUCUUAAGGAGUGUCUGGAGGGAUGGGGACGGACGGACAUGUCAAUAUUGAUUCUUGCUUCUUCUCUCCCCUUCUUGUACGUGCCAGGGUAGAAUGUUCCAAAAUCUCUCCCCUGAACUUUCAAAGCAAUGAACGGUUUUGUUUUUCAGCCACAUGACUUGCCUUGGAGUUGACGGGAACUGGAUGUCUCUACCCCUGCGUAGCUUAAAUGUUUAUCUCUGUAUGACUAACUGCCUCCACAGUUAUUAGGAUCUGGUAAGGUUGUCUAUGUCCAGCUGGGCAUUAGAGCCGUUCUGGCUCGUUAAGUCUUUUCCCCACCCAGGAUAUCCAAGAUCAGCUUCAGUUAAUGCACAAGGUGAAGUGUGGCAAUUUGAAAGUCACUUGCAUACCUCUCUCAUCUAGGGGCUGAUACUGUACUGUUGCCCAGAGGCUCUUUUAAGAUAAACACCCUAGAAGAAAAGCUCCCCCAUGACAAUCAAGGACCUUAAUAUAAAAAUAGAAACAGUCUGUCGAGACAGUGGAACUUUGUGGUCAAACUUUGCUUUACUUUCAGUUCUGUCAAUAUCAUCAUCUCAUUACUCUGUCCUUGUAACGCCUUUCAUCAUCCAUUUACUUCAUCUCUGUUCCUGUCACACUUCCCACACCAAUUAGCACUUUAUUGCUUUAGCCCUGGUUUUGCAUUCUAGGCACUUUAGUUGAAGCUUAAGGGUAAAACACCCUGUUGAAUCUCAGUCCUGUAACACUAGUGGAAUAAGCUUCCUGGGCCACAUGAUCUCUGAACUUCAGUAGAUUGGAGAGAUUUUUGUUUAAUAAAGCAAUAAUUAACUACUGUAGCAAAGGUGCAUUAUCAUAUCAGGAAACAAACUCCUUCGGUUUGCCUUAGGCCAGUUGCCUUGGCCUGUUUUAACAAACUGUGGUAACCUGUGCAGUGUCUUGUUUAGAGAGAGAAUUCAGGUUCUGCUGUUAUAGAAGUAGAAGAAAUGACCAAGCAAAGCCUUGGCAAGAUUUGGCCAUGCUUGUGGCUGGCUUAAAGGACGUUUCAGCGCAUCAGUUAGCAAGGGCAUCCUUGGUUGGUGUUUGUGUCUGUCUUCGUGCUCAUCCUCUUGUCCAUAUCUCAUCCACAGAUCACCAGAAUAAUCAUACAGGGCAUUCCGACUUUGGCUCUGUUCUCGCUGAAGUGGCGGUUAGUAUAAAUAAUUCAUAGGACAUAACUUAGAAAAUCUCCCACUCUUUUAGAAGUUGAAUGUAAGCCGCUCUUAUUGAUACACAUUGGUAUAGAUACAUGAUAUAAAUGUGUGGGGAUGUGGCUCUUUAUCUACAGAGGGUUUGAACUUCAGAAGUGCUUAAACUCUAUAGCCAGCUCUGCAAUUGCUGUUCGUAAGUCACCGGCUAUCCAAGAGACCAGACCGCUCUUCCCACAGUAAGGAGUUCCCUCUACAGAUCAUUCAUUCCUCCAAACCCAGCUUAGCUGCAAGUAGGAGUCAUCGUCACUCCCAGGGGAACAGAAGUUGUCCUUAGCACCCAUCAAACUGUUAAGGCUUCAACGAGCAGGCAAAACCCAGGUGACAUGUUGAUGUAUUUGAAGCAAGAAAUGUUUUUGCUGUUUCCCAAAUAGUUGCUUUUUAAACAAAAAGAACCUCAAUUGUUUUCUCUAAUAAAAUAAUUAUUAACUCUCCCCCUUUCCAGUGUAGCUGAGCCCUGGGUUUUCCGCCGUGCUAAACUAAGCCCAGUUUUGUAACUUUUCCAACUGUUCUGUAAAUGAGUUGCGUGGCCCUUGUUUGCAGGGUGUCAGUUCUCUAAAAGGAAGUGCUGAAGGCGUCCUUCCCCGGUGGUGGCUUGUAACCGUUUUCGAACAGAAAUCAAGGGGAUCGUUGCUUUGCAGAGGCUUGUUUUGGGUGUUCAAUGUCUUUGGCAGCUCUUAGCUGCUGAACUCAGGGAUUCCAUUACCAUACACCGAAGUGUUGUAGAACCUGCCUGAAGGGGAGCUCUGUCUCCUUGGAUUCAGUGAGGGAGGCUUCGACUUGGAAAGGCUUUUAGUAAGGUGAUGGCAUUUUGGUCUCCUGGUUCCUAGGGCGUGAGGAAGAAUGGUGUUGUCUUCAUCUCUUCAAACACAGGGAUAUCGUCUAGUGUAACUAACUGAUCUUAUUGGGGCAGGUGACCGGUCAGUCAGUGACUUCUGUUCUUGCUGAGUACUAAACAUAACUCCUCCCCCAAUGAGAAGAGCACCUGGGGGAAUUCCCAAACUGGUGGGAGUUGCUGCUUGUCCAGUCAAACUGGGCAGACAGGCAGAGAUUUUGCUGUUGGAGAAACCCAAAGGAAGCAGAUUUCACUGGGAAAAUUCCAGUUCUUUCUUUCACCGUUGUUGGCAGCUGAACUCUGCCACCCCCUCUUCCUUUGUGAGCUCAUCCUACCUGCAGCGAUCCCAAAAGAGGGACACCACGUUUCUGUAGAAAGUAAAGCCCCUCCCAGGGUUAGACUGGAUGGUACUGUGGAAGACUUAAGGCAACUGUUCAUGAUCAGCAUCCAUUCCUCUUCAGAGAUAGCACCAGGCAAGAACUUUUCCCUGUACUGCUGCCUAUAGAGAUUUCCAUAGCACUUACUUUCCCACUGCUUCUCUAUCUGCCCAUAUGCAGUCUGAGACUUCAGGAGCACUUAGCACCCCAGACAUUCUGGAGCAAUCACUUGGGGGGGGGGGGGGAGGUGGACCUAAGUCUUGGCACUCUUGCCACAAGAGUUCUUGCACUUUCAGGUGAGCUGUCUAUAUUUUGUAAAGUACUUGAAGUAGUUGUGCUUGUGUCUGGAGUAUGAUAAAGGAGGUGUGGAAGUUAGCUAGUCUAGUUUUGGGAGAAAGGGAAGGAGUUGCUUAAGGCUUUUACCAUGGGCUUUAAGGGUCUCCUUUGAGUUUUGAGACUUAAGUUCAUCCCAACAAGAUUUUUGUAGCUAGAAAUGUUAAAUUAAAAACUCCCUCACCAGUGUGACUUGCUAUGGCUUUGAAUGCAUGGGUCAGGGACCAGUGGUGUAAAAUCUUAAGAGCUUCCCAGUCUGACUGGAAGCCAUAUCUUGCAGAUCAUUUCUUCUGCCUUUCUUCUAGUUAAAAAUCUGCUGCACUACAUAAUUCUGUAUUGAGACUUCUGGAGAGGGGACUUCUGUAUUGAACCCUAUAACUGGAGGAGACAGUGCACACUGCCAUAAGAGGGUCUGCCAUUGUACAUCGAUCCUAAUUUGCUGUCCCCCAUUCUCUGUGCUAGCAGUGGUAGUGUGAUAUGGGCAUAUGCGUGCCAGGGACCAUAUUGAGAUCAUCCUCAUAAUAGCAUAUGACCUAGGUCAGGUUUGAGCUCUUACCUUUAGAGGUGAAAGUCAUGUGUUCAUUCCAGGCCUAUAGAGACUUUUUCUCUUCCACAACAAGCGCCUUCCAAAACGACCACACUAGCCAUAGCAAGCAUCCAAAGUGUAAGCCUCUGAAAUAGCCUGAUAAUGCAAAUGGAACAGUGCAGCUCUUCUCUUUAGAUCUGCUGUGAGAGAUGGGAGCUAACAAGUGGAUUUUCUGUAUUGAUGGUUUCAGAUUGAGGAAUGGAGGUAGAAUGGAAUAAAAUUCACUAGGGCUCAGUUAACUAGCACUUAGUACCAUAAAUUUAUGCACCCCGUCAUUGGAUAUCAUCGGCACUUAGAAACAAACCACCAGAAAGGGUCUCUCCUAGUCAGGUUGCAACCAAUUAUCUCUGAACGCUUAGACUGGUCCAGUCUUUCUUCCACUGCUACCAGGGUGUCUGCAGAGAUUUGAACUUUGCAGGUGAGCAGGUGGGACCUGCUCUGAGACUAGAGCAUGAUGAACUUUACAUCAGACCUCCCAGAAUCUUUACUAGCCAGUUUCUAACAUUCUCCUUUUGAAGCACUUGACAGGGUUUCCAGAUGAGUCUGAUCCUGUUGCAGUUGCACUGUGAAGGUACCUGAAACUCUCUGCAGUCUCCUCCUCGGCACUUCUUGACACUGAUUCUUGUUUAUCGAGAAGUAUUUGUUUUGGAUUGUGAGCAUUAAGUUAAACCAUAGAGUACUGAUGUCUCUCAGAACUUGACUUUAGCCAGCUACUUUUUCUUCAUCCAUCCUAGUUCUGUCAAGCUUCGUAGAGGACAACCCUUCAGACACCUAGUGCCUUGCCCUUCAUUCCUUCCCACUUCCUUCUCAACAUAGCUGCAGUUCUGCUGCUUGUCACUCUUUGUUCUCAUGCAGAAAGCAAACACCUGACUUCCCUUCUUUGGAGUCAAAGCUAAAACCAGCCUGGCUACGGGGGAAAUGUCGCUGGACGACAGGUGUGUACUGAGCUAGGGAAGGACCUUGGGUUUGGGCAGCCUAAAACUAGCUAUAGUUUAUGUUUUAAGGCUUAAGUUAUAACUAAAUAAGCAGUAGGUUAUUUUACAACUGACUUCUCCUGCCUAUAGAAGUAGGGGCCGACUCACAGCUAUUGACUAAAACAUAAACAUGUUUCCUUUCUAAAAUCCAGAAGAUCCCACGUUCUAAUGAGCUAGCUCCCUCAGUCCACUAGCUUGUUGGCCCGGUAGAGUACAGCAGGAGAUGGGCUGUCUCCUUAUCCGAUACAUCAGGAGUGGCAUUUGGGGGGUUUAUUGCCAAAUGUAGUGACACUGAUCACUGGAGAGCAAUGCAAGGAACCUCCUGGAAAUGUUAUGCCUAUCUAGGGUUUAUUGGUGGUUGUAAAACUCCUUUACAAGAAGCUUAGAAAGGGACCCAGCCUUGUGUUAGUGGGUGGUGUAUGGACAGCUGUGACACUAGCCAAUCAGAAGGCUGUAUGUGUACAUUGCUUCUGUCUUGAGUCAGACACCACGUGUCCUUCCAUUGGCAGCUCUGGGUGUUUGGGUGGCGUGCAGUAGCCAUAGUGACUCAGAAUAGCAAUGUUUACUGCAGGGGGUCCAAAUUCUAGGCAGAAAGCAAAUUGCUCUUGGUAUGAGUACUCUGUUUUUUACAAGGCUAUUCAGAACAGAGGUUAGGGUACACCAAACAGCCUACAAAGGGGUGCCUUGUAGUGAUGCUGGGAUCCAGGCCCCCUCUUCUGCAAGACAUGCUCCCACUGCUGUGUCCACUCUGUCUCCAUCUGGACUUGUUUUCUUCUUACUCUGCUGCUUUUGGCUGAUGGGGCUGAGGCGUGGUGGCACCAGAGCUGAGAUCAAAUUAUCAGUUAAUCAUCUGGGUUGGGUUGGAACUGUUGUGUUAUCAAGAACUGUACUGUAGUUCAUUCGAACACUUGUAUCCUUUUUAAAAUUUGUUUGCUGGUUAAAUCCAAGGGCACAAUCGCUGUAUUAAAGGGCAGCAUUUACCGCACUGGGGCUGUAAGAGGAGACAACCUUUUCCAAACAGAUCUAAUGUCUCCUUCAAGAAGAGUCCCACUCUGCUUCCUCUGAGCGUAGGCUUGUUUUCCCUUCUCACUGCUAACUUCAAGCAGCCUGGUUAGUUCUAACCCUCUUGGGGAGCAUCCAGGUCUCUGAGUCCCAUAGUUGGCUGUAUAAGUAGGGGCAUAUACAGCUAUUGCUUUUAUGUGACUGGCAAGCUUUUGCAGUGGUUGUCUUGUCAUGCAGAGAACAUAGCUACGAUCAGAGGAGGCAGCACAUCAUAUCAGAGUGAUCAGUAGAAGCACGUUUUACCAGAGUGCUAAAACUGGUGGCAGCUGCCAACUGGGAGUCCUAAGAAAUAUGGCUGAUGGGCCAGAUUUAGUUCAAAAAUGACUAUUCGGUCCAAGUGACGUUCUCCCAAAACAGCUGUUCAGCGAUUUGUCUCUAGCCCCAGGUGUUGGUUCACUACAAACCUGUGUUUCUCUUCAUUAAGAAAGCACAAUUUUUCAAGAAAAGCCCUAUCCCUUUCUCCCAGGUGUCCCCAAGCAGAAGGGGGUAUUCCCUUCAGGAAGCCAGAUCUGUACCUGUGCACUCUGAUUUCUGCCAAUGCAGCUGCCUUAGUGGAGUGGGUUGAGUGUCACUUUCUUGAUGUCUUUGAACUCUCGCUGUUCAACCAAAAUUAAAAAAAAAAAAAAAAAAAAUGAUGGGAAAUUCUGCUUCUGAUUGGAUUCUCUGGAAUCAUCACUUCCACAUUCCUGAUCCUUUUAACUUUAAAUGCUGCCCGGAAAAGGUUGCGUUCGUAUACUGAGACCUGCCCCCAGCUGCCAGGUUCUGAGUCAGAUUCUCGGGAGCUGCCAGCUCCUGGGGAGAAGAUUUGCAACUAGCAAUGCAAUUUUUCUAUAUCUGCUGACGUUUACCUUUUAAAAAAGUUAUACAAUGUGUCCUUGAUUAUUUUUUCUUGUGUGUUAAUUUUUUUUGGUCUUUAUUCUGUGUGAUGUUAAUUGAGGUCAUUGCAAAACAAUGUAAUUUUGUUAUCUUUGAUUCAAUUGAAUUUCUUUACUUAAAAAAUAAAAUAAAGGACUCUCUGAGUUCA